AUGCACCACACUCGCAGAAAGUCAGGUCACGGCCUGUCUAACAACUCCUCGACCGACGUUCGAAAAACCAGUACUACAACGGAUUCCUCAAAGUACAAGCGACCCGUCAUGACUCGAAGGCACACACCACAAAAACUCGGCCGCAGUCAACGUGAACGUGAGCGCGAAUGUUCAGCAUCUUGGGAAGACGAGAGGGAGAGUUUCCCACAGUUCUGCCCUGGUCACGGAGACGGCGAUGCCGUCAUGUUCAGGUACCAUGCAGCUAGGGGGUUCAUUGGCUUCAUGACGUGCGAGAAGCAAUUCAUUCCUCAUGAUGACAUGUUCCUUUACUGUUCCGACAACUGCCGAAGAGUUGACCAAACCACAUCAUCGCAACCGGCCUCUUCGGUGAAUCAUUACGCGUCUUCAAACUAUCCUUUCUAUUCUGCGGGACAUCCGGAGCCUAAAGACAUCAUCCCGCGAGCCUCUCCGUCACGGCCCAGCUCAAUACUUUUGAAUUCUCCACCAGGCACGCCGGGAACCGGAGCACCGGCUUACCAACACACUUCGGCCAUUUCGGCCCUCCGUUCCCUCAAUGUCCGGCCUCCGAGCCCUCCGUCGCCCACAGGUAGCUCCAGCAACUUGUGGCCCUUUAGCCGCAGUGCCGCAACCAGCCCCUACAACUCGUACAGUCGGCCUUCUGCGCCGUAUCUGUCAUCGACGUAUGACGGAGGGUACUACGGCGCGGGCGGUAGCGCAUACAACUACGAAGUGACUUCUGGCGGAAUGGACCGUCCGCUGCCUUCUCGCCAACCCAGCACCUACUCUCGACCCAAGAGCAUUGAGCUUGUGACACCUAUGGUCGGCAGAUGA